AUGCUGCUUUGGGACCAAGAACUUGUUCCACAAAUUGACUCACUUUGUUCAUUGCGUGCCUAUAUUCAUCAUUCUACAAUAGCUGCUGUUCAUCAUUCCUUCGUCUUACAAGGAAUCGAAAAAUAUGCUAAAAUUAAGAGACUAACACUUUUAAAUAGUCAACAUAGCAAAAUUCUCAUUGUCCUUAUUCAAUGGAUAUUUGAUUUCAUUUUCGGUUUACCUGUUUAUCUAACUGGUAACAUGCCAAAAUUACGUACAGAAAAUUCAUGCUUUGUAUCAUUAACAAAUGUUGGCACGUUAAUUUAUUUGUUUACAAUAACAUUCAUUAUAUCAGACAUUAUUCUUUCUAUUCUGUAUCGACGUUUAGUACAUUAUGUGCAUCAAGCUUCGUUGAGAGUUCAUGGCAAUCAACAACAAAUGAAGCGCGACUUGGCAGUUGUCCGACGUGUAGUAUUGCUAAAUUCUCAAUUAGCUCUUGUUGGUAUUCCAUCAUUGAUUUUUAUCAUAUUCAGUAUGGUUCGUCCUGAUCUCUCGCCAAUGAAAUUGAUGCGUCUUUUACUUCUAAAUACAAAUGCAGCAUUCUGCCCUAUGCUUAUCAUUCUUUUCUGGAUCACGCCAAAUUUACGACAAUGUCUUAUUCAAUUGCGAAACCAAGCACAACAAUAUAUACCAAGCAGUACUAAUCAAGUGAGGCCAGUGACAAAUAUUAAUCGAUUUUAA